AUGAGCUUACACAGCAAUGUGGCAGCUGAAGCAACCAGCACCAGCAGCAGCAGCAGCAGCAGAAGCAGCAGCCGAGUCGACUCGAAUAAACUAACCAUGCUGCCAGCCACAGUGUUGGUUGUUUUCGCCGUUUCGCUCGUGGCCCCGAUUAGUUCCGCGGGGUCUGGCAGCAGCGGGAGCGGUGGAAACGGUGCCGGAGCAACCGGAAGCGCCGGUGGCGGCAGCAACAUGGACGAGAACGAAACGCUAAAGAAGUCCACCAGCUCGCGGAUUGUGCACACCAAGUACGGUGCCGUUUCCGGCACGAUCGAGCACCUGGACGGGCGCCACCUGGAUCCGGUGGAGGCGUUCCGGGGCAUACCGUACGCCUCACCACCCGUUGGCAAUCUACGGUUCAUGCCACCCGUUACCGGGGCACUCUGGUCGGGCGUGAAAAAAGCGGACAGGUUUAGCCCCGUUUGUCCGCAGCGACUUCCCGACAUCUACAACGAAACGGCGGCUCUGGAGCGGAUGCCACGUGGGAGGCUGGAAUACCUGCGACGCCUGCUGCCAUACCUGCGCAAUCAAUCAGAGGACUGCCUGUAUCUGAACAUCUACGUACCGACGCAAGCUGGAUCAAGAGAAAGCUCCAGCUCGUCGAAAUACGCCGUCGUGGUGUUUGUCCACGGUGAAUCGUACGCGUGGAACAGCGGAAAUCCAUAUGAUGGAUCCGUACUAGCCAGUUAUGGACAAAUUUUAGUAGUUACAAUCAAUUAUCGUUUAGGAAUACUAGGAUUUUUAAAUGCCAACGUCGACCGGUUCUCUAAAGCGCCGGCCAACUACGGUCUAAUGGAUAUCAUUGCGGCCCUUCACUGGAUACAGGAAAAUAUCGAGGCCUUCGGUGGAGACCCGAGAAGUGUAACCCUGGCAGGACACGGGACUGGUGCCGCAUGUGUUCAUUUCCUGAUUGCGUCCGCUGCCGUACCGGAAGGGCUGCUGUUUCAUCGGGCAAUCAUGAUGUCCGGUUCGGGACUCGCACCGUGGUCGCUUGUCGGCGAACCGGCCAAGUUCGCCGCCUACGUAUCGCACCACGUGAACUGCUCACCCGAGCUACCUCACCAGCUGCUUCUCAAGUGCUUGCGGGACAAACCACUCGAGGACAUUCUGUCCACUAGCGUGCGAGCGCCGGACUUUGGCAACGCGUUCGGACCCAGCGUUGACGGUGUUGUCAUAGAUACCGGCGAGAUCCUGCAGAUGGACGGAACGCACUACAGCGACUACAAUGGCAUUCCAUCGGCCACGAAACCAUCCGCUCAUAUCCACAACACGCUGAACACCAUCAACGCGAUACUGUUGCGCAAGCUAGCCAUUAACAAAUUGUCCAAGUACGAUCUGCUGGUUGGGGUGACGCGCGCUGAAGCCUACUUUGCGUUCAACUCUGAAGACGUGCAGUACGGCAUCGAAGCCGACCGAAGGGCGAAGAUCCUGAAGAACUACGUCCGGAGCACGUACAGCUUCCAUCUGAACGAAAUCCUGGCCACGAUCGUGAACGAGUACACCGACUGGGAGCGUCCGGUUCAGCAUCCCAUCAACAUCCGGGACGAAACGCUGGAGGCGUUGAGUGACGCACGGAUCGUGGCCCCUGCCGUCCAAACGGCCGACCUACAUUCUGCCGAUCAUCGCAACUCGUUCCUGUACGUGUUCGAUUAUCAAACGAAAUUUGGCGAUUUCCCACAGCGACAAGGGUGUAUCCAUGGCGAGGACCUGCCGUAUCUGUUCGGGGCACCACUGGUCGGAGGAUUCAAUCAUUUCACGCGGAACUACACCAAGUCCGAGAUCGCCCUCUCGGAAGCGGUUAUGAUCUACUGGUCAAACUUCAUCCGCACGGGUAAUCCGAAUGAGCAGCUGGAAAAUGAUCACGUACGCGACCGGACACGCUUCAAGAACAUCGAAUGGACGCCGUACGAGAGUGUGCACAAAAAAUAUCUCAAUCUCGACACGAAACCGAAGCUGAAAAACCACUACCGAGCGCACCGGCUGUCCUUCUGGUUGAACCUGGUGCCGGAUCUACACAAACCGGGCAGUGAUGACGUCCCGGGGGCACAUCACGAGCUCGAACCCGACGACGAGGACCAACCCGGGGCCCUUAUGCCCACGGUGAAGCCUCUCAAUCCACCUCAGCGUGAUCCGGCUUCACUUGGCACGAACUAUACGCUGCUCACCACGCAGGUCUUCUCGCUGCUCAACUUUUCCUCGUACGGCAUCCUGCCCAACGGGACACGGCUUCAUCCUGGCACCCGAGCCGGUCUACCCGUGGCAGCUGAGUCUUCCGAAGGCUCCGACGAUGAUGGCACGGGCUCAGCAGGUCCUGGCACAGGAGCCGGUUCGUCCUCGCAGGAAGAUGGCUUCGCUGCGUACAGCACCGCUUUAAGCGUCACGAUCGCGAUCGGCUGCAGUCUGCUCAUCCUGAACGUGCUGAUCUUCGCCGGAGUUUACUACCAGCGAGACAAAACGCGCCUAAACGAACCACGAUCAGGCGCCGGCCUAGGACCAGGUGGACAUGGUACGCUUCAGACGAAAAAGCGCACCGAAAACGGUCAAAUGCCGAACAACAUUUGCGGUGAGUUGGAGGGUUUAACCAUUCACGCUAAAAGCGACCCAUCCACCAUCCUGGGACACCAUCAUCCGGCCCUGCAGCAUCACCAAAUGCCCCCACCGGAGUUCGCGGAUCUGCCACAGAGGGCGCCACCACCACCAAAGCACCUGAAAUCGGUACCGGGCGAUGCCGGUGGGAUGCUACCGGCGCACGCGCUGCAACUGAUCGGUGGCAACUGCGGCACACUCACGAAGAAAAGCUGCGUCAAAUCGAACCUAGCGAUGGCGGUCGGACCGGUGGGCCAUCCUUCGCAGAACGUCACGAUGGACGAGCUGCGCGUGUGA